AUGCCAUCAGUGGCUGAGUGUGCAGAAGGCAAAAAUUUUGCUAAAGAGCAAAUUGUUAUGAUGUUGCUUAUAAUAGGAUGUUCUUUAAGUAAAAAAUAUAGAACAGUAGGAUUAUUAAGUUUAUCCUUUCUUUUUGGAUAUAUUGUUCAUUCAUUUUUAUCCUUUCAGGAGAAGAAAGGAGAUUACGUUAAAAUGUAUAAUGAGGUUAAAGUUAUGUUAGAACAAGAGGUAAAAAAAAAUACAGCUAGCGUAGAGAUAGGAUAUAUACAAUCUAUAGCAGGUAAGGUAGAUCAUGUUGAGUUUGAUUAUCAUGUUAGACAUCUGGCAAAUAUGGAGGAGAAAAAAUUCUUACAAUAUAAGGAAGACAUAAGGAAAGAAUAUGAAAAUACUUUUUUUCAAAAACAAGAAGUAGAAAAGUUUUUAAGCUAUGUAGAGUAUGUAAGGGAACCAAAGAAUGAGGAACUAUAUGCAUCAAAAUUACAAAAUAUUCGUGAACUUUAUGCUCGUGCAAAGGAUAAAAGAACUAAGGAUAGUUUUUUAAAGGACUUUUUAAAGCAUGAAAAAGAAAAGGAGCAAGGGUACAGAAGUAUCGAAGAUGAUAUGGCAGAAUUGAUGUACGCUUAUGAUAAGGGCAUUUAUGAAUUGCAGAAAGUAAAUCAUGAUAAAAAGACGGAAACAUAUGAAAAUUUGUUUACAUUUACAAAAGGUCUUUUAUGGAAAGUAAUACCAAUAAAAAGCGGAAAAGAUUUGUUAAAUGAUUGGUUAAAUAAAGAAAAGAUGAUGAAUGUAAUGUAUAAGAGAGUAAGGGAUAUAUCCAAUGAUAGCACUCUAGAAGAGGGGUUAAGAAGUUUGAACCUCCUGCACUAUGUAGACGAUAUAGAUGGUCUUGCUAAGGUGUGUAAAAAGCCAUUUGUCAAAAUACAUACAGAUAAAAAUGAUCAUGAAAGAGCUAGAGAAAUUUUUGAGAAAACCUAUAUGGUAUACCGAGCAGUAAAGAGUAUAAUAACAGUAUAUGAGGUAUAUUAUAUAGGGUCGAUAUUUUGUGAUUUAAGAGAGUUUUUGGGCUAUGGGCUAUAUGAGAUAACAGAUGAAGGUGUGGCUCAGCAUAUUCUAUCAAUAGAAGAGACUAGAAGUGUGUUUUUGGAAUUCAGGCUAAAGGAAUGUGAUGAAUAUAAAGAGCUAAUAAAUGCUACGAGAGACAAGAUAUUAGAAAGUUUUAGGAGGCUAAUUGAAGUAGAAAAUGAGUUAUUAGAUGACAACAAGAAUGAAGAUUUGAAAAAUGAGAAGCAGAAGAUAGAAGAAGAACAAGAAACUUUAUUAAAGGGGUUAAUAUCAGGACUGGAAAAGCUGGAGAAGUGUUAUGGACCUAUUAAAGAGAGUUUUGAUAUAGAGAUAACAAAGCGAAAAGUACAAAUGAAUACACCAUUUGAAAGAUACACUAACACAAAAUAUAUAGAGAACCUAGAGAGGAAAUUGGAGGCAUGCAAAAAAGAAGAGCAAGACGUCAAGGAUUCAAUUUUUAAAUUAAAGGCAACAACAUCUAGGAUGUUAUUUAAAGAAGUAAAAAAAAGAAAGUGGGAGAUAUUGUGCUAUGCUGUUGUAUCUAUAGCUUCAAUAUUAUUCCAUGUUCCGUACUUGGCAUUACCUUUUCUAGCAGUGCCUAUUUUUGGUACUACUACGAGUUCUAUAGGCUCUUAUAAAAAGAAUAUGGAAAAGCUACUCAGAAACGAGACAAGACAUGAUUAUGUAGGUGAAUACAAGAAACUGCAUGAUGAAUUGACACAUAAAAGUGUAGUGCUUGAUGAAAUCAAAAAGUUUUUCGGCAAGGAAAGGAACAAGAAUGAAUUGAAAAAGGAAGAAGAAAAAUUAAGAAGUAGAUUUAAAAUACAGAGCGAAAUGCAAGUGAAUUCUAAGAAAGAUCUAAAUGAUGAAAAAGAAAGGAGAAAAGCUCAGAGAGAAGAAAUAGAAUUCUCAAAAGCGGAUUUGGCUCAAUUAAAACAUGAAACGGCCAUGGAAAGAGCAGAAAAAGAGAGAGCAAAAGCUGGCUCAGAAGCUUUGAUGUUAUUAUAUGAAAAAGCAUAUGAAUUAGGCAUAUGUAUAAAUGAAGUGAGACGAAAUCAAGGUGUGAAAGAGUAUUUGAAGCAUAAGUGUAUUUUAUUAGUUUUAAAUCUGGAGUUUGAAAAAAAAUGUAAGGAAAUUUAUAAGAAUUAUAAAGAGUUAGAAGGAGAAUUAGCAGAAAGAAGAGCUAUUAAUGAAGAAGGAAUGAGCAAGUUAGAAGAGUUAGUGAAUGAAUUUAAUAGAUUAAAUAAAAAUUUUAUAAAACGUAAGAAGGAGGAAAAUGAGUUUGUGGAGGGCAACUCACAAUUUGAAAAUGAAGCCUUUAAUAAACUGGAAGCUAAUAUAGUAGAAGAAACGAAGCAAGUAAGAAUAGCUGCAGAACAAGAAAGACAAAUACUUCUAAAAGAAAAGAGUAUAGUUGAGGAAAUAAUAAAACAACUGCAAAUGCAAACAUCGCCUUCGGCAUUUAGUAGCGUGAAUCGCGAGCCAGUUGCAGGAUCUUCUCGGCAAAAAUGAGUGGUUGAAGUGUAGUAAGUUUGAUUAAACAUUUUUUAAAGAAAAGGCUUCUCUUCAGCGUGACAAAAAAUUCAAUUAUUUACUUUCUCUAAACUGCAAAAAACCCCUAAUAUCAUGGAGAAUAGAGAUAC